UCCCGGUGGCGCUCCUGACAGUGACAUGCUCUGCCGGUUGGGGCUGCGCCCUGGGCGGCCGGGCUGGGAGGGGUUGGGAUGGAGGCGGCAGGGCCGCGGAGCAGGGACGCGCGGGGGCGAGCGGCGAAUCAGCCUGGUAGCCGAGCAGAGAAGAGCCCGCCGGAGAGCAGGAAAGUGUAUAUGGACUAUAAUGCAACGACCCCCCUGGAGCCAGAAGUCAUCCAGGCCAUGACUGAAGCCAUGCAGGAAGCCUGGGGAAAUCCCAGCAGCCCUUACCCGGCAGGUAGUUCUAGAAGACACACACAGAUCAGAGACGUGGGGGACAGAGGUAGGAAGGCCAAGGAGAUUAUCAACGCAGCUCGGGAAAACCUUGCCAAGAUGAUAGGUGGGAGGCCUCAAGAUAUGAUCUUCACUUCCGGGGGCACAGAGUCAAAUAAUUUAGUAAUCCAUUCUGUGGUGAAACAUUUCCACAAAAUCCAUGCCGCAGUGGGGGACACGGCCGAGCGUCCCAGCCCAGUGGAGGGGGCCCUGCCUCACAUCGUCACCUGCACCGUGGAACACGACUCCAUCCGCCUGCCCCUGGAGCACCUGGUGGAAGAACAAGUGGCAGAGGUCACCUUUGUCCCCGUGUCCAAGGUGAAUGGGCAGGUGGAGGCUGAGGACAUCCUGGCGGCCGUCCGCCCGACCACGUGCCUCGUGACCAUCAUGCUGGCCAAUAACGAGACAGGCGUCAUCAUGCCAGUGCCUGAGAUCAGCCGGCGAGUCCGAGCCCUGAACCAGCAGCGGGCGGCGGGCGGGCUGCCGGGGGUGCUUGUGCACACGGAUGCCGCCCAGGCCUUGGGGAAGCGGCGCGUGGACGUGCGGGACCUGGGCGUGGACUUCCUGACCGUCGUGGGCCACAAGUUCUAUGGCCCCAGGAUUGGAGCACUUUAUGUCCGAGGGCUCGGUGAACUCACCCCUCUGUACCCUAUGCUGUUUGGAGGUGGACAAGAACGGAAUUUCAGGCCAGGGACAGAGAACACCCCGAUGAUUGCCGGCCUUGGGAAGGCGGCUGAGCUGGUGGCAGAGAAGUGCGAGGCCUACGAAGCCCACAUGCAGGCUGUGCGCGACUACCUGGAGGAGAGGCUGGCGGCUGAGUUUGGUGAGCGAGUCCAUCUGAACAGCCAGUUUCCAGGCACUGAGCGACUCCCCAACACCUGUAACUUCUCCAUCCAGGGACCCCGGCUGCAAGAAAACGGAGACGUCAAGUUAGACAUUAUUACCAGGACAGCACGUUAUUCGGUAAGGCAGCUCAUGAGGAUUCUGCGAGUCCUGCCAGGCAGCUGAUGGUACCACAUUCUCAAGGCCAGUCUUAUGAGGCCGAAGAGUGUCUGCUUUUCUGCAGCCAAGGGGCAGAGGAAGCGCUUCCUCUGGGACCUGCUGUGGUUUCUCUCACCUGCCGUCAGAGGGACCUGUGCCCUGGGAUUCCGUCAGGUGGUACGAGGGAGGGAGCGUCCAAACUUGCAGCAGGGAAGAGAGGCAGCCCCCGCCUGGACUCCACCUCAGGGGCCCUGUGCUCUGUCUCCUAGGCCGCUUGGUGCUGGCCCAGUGCAGGACGCUGCUGGCCAGCCUAGGGGCUGCGUGCCACUCGGACCAUGGAGACCGGUGAGUGCUCUCCACGUACUUGGCCACGGCAUCCAGGGCGCAUCCGGGCUCUAGGUUUGGGCAGCUCUGCAGCCUAGCAGGGGCGUGGACAGUGACCAGACGGCGCAGGCCCUCGGGAGGAGCGAGUGGGAGCUGCAGCCUUCAGGGGCCUCGGGCUGGACCGGGAGACAGGCAGCAGGGCUCCGUGUGAGGUGGGGAGUGGGGAGGAGGGGCGGGCUGGUGCAGCAGGGCCGGGCUGCGGGCGCCCACUUCAGCCUCGAGAAAACCGGGAGCUGUGACCAGAUUUGGGUUCAGAUCACGCCCCCUGCCAGGAGCGGGCGGAAGCGGGAGGGGAGGGUGGAGCCUCGGGCCUGGGCAUCGGGAGCAGCCCUGCUGGAGGAAGAGAAGGGGGUUCGGUUUCUUGGGGGGCCCUGCAGGCGGGAGUAGAGCUGGAUGUGGCCACCUGGGCUCUGGAGAGAGCGGAGCUGUGGUCGUGAUGAGCAACAGGCCUCCGUUCGAGGCCAGGGCACCGGGACCAAACUCAGCACUGACUUGGGCGGGCCGCAGCCUCCAGGGUCUGCAGGAGGCCGUCCCUCUGCCUCGCGUGUGGCUCAGCGUCCCCUCCAGGAACCGAGCCCGCUAACUCCUUGGAGACGGGAGCUGCCACAGUACCCCGGGCUCCGGCUCUCGGGUGCAGGGGCAAACGGCCGCCUCUGUGCUGCCGGGGUCGGGGUCUGUGCCAGGGCAGGCCCGGCUGGAGAGCAGGGAGGCUUUGAGCCGGCCCUUGGUGACGGUGGGCCAAAGAGUGUGCGUGGCCAGUGGGGAGCUGGCCGAGGACACGCGGCGGCCCGGGAGAGCCCGUGUGCUGACGGCUGGCCCGUCCCCCCGC